CACUUGAGGUAAGUCUACAUUCAUCUGAGCUCCCGUUACAGAAGUUGCCAGUGGAAGACGACUCUAUUGGUGAUUUCACAAGCAAACAGAAGUGGAUAGACGAGUUCACUUAUAAUUCGACACUUGGAACGCAUUUCAUAAGUGGCGUUAAAAUGCAUGAACAGCCAAGUAGAUUUCUGACAAAGAUCGUGAUAUUCGCCUUGCUUCAAGUUGGAUGUGCGAGGGAUCUCCGUAAUGUUACAGAACCCAAGACUCCACAAAUUUGCAUGUCACUGAAAGCUACUGGACGGGAUGACACCGAUCUCAUACAAACAGCUCUGAAUUCUUGCACCACAGGGAAAGCAGUUUCUUUGUCAUCCGGUGUCUUUCAUUCUGGUCCACUGACUAUACCAUCUGGUGUAAGUCUGCUGGUUGACAAAGCAGUCACCCUGAAGGCUACACCAGACCCUAAGCUAUACGACCAAGGAGCGAAAACAUGCGGUACUCUGGACGACUACGGCGUCGGCUGCAAGGCCUUCAUCACGAUGCUCCGAGCCAAAGGCAGCGGAAUCUAUGGAAAAGGUGCGAUCGAUGGUCAAGGAGGCGAGAAAAUGACUGGGACGAACACGACAUGGUGGCAGCUCUCCCAUGAUGCUAAGGUUAACGGCAAAUACCAGAACAAUCCUCGACUGAUACAAAUCAACAACUCUGUAGACAUCACGGUGUACCAGAUCACGUUAAAGAACUCUCCUUUUUACCACCUUACCAGCAGCGAGACAAAUGGAUUCACAGUGUGGGGCAUCACCAUCGACUCGGCUAAUGCCACCCGCAACACUGAUGGCGUGAACCCAAUGGGCUCGCAGAAUGUCACCAUAGCCUACUGCAACAUACGCACUGUAGAUGAUAACAUAGCCAUAAAGGCUGUCACUGCUCCAUCACGGCAUAUUUCAGUUUACAGCAACCACUUUAAUCACGGAGAUGGUGUUGCGAUAGGCAGUGAAGUCAAUAAUGGAGUCAGCGACGUGACGUUUAUCGGGCUCACGCUCAAUCACCUCAUCUACGGAAUCUACAUCAAGAGCGACACCCUGAACGGAGGUCUCGUAACUAACAUCACAUAUGAAAACAUCUGUAUCGAAAACGUCCGGGACCCAAUUUGUCUCGACACAAAUUACUACAACAAAACGGGUGACCGCAUACCAGAGAUCAGGAACAUAACUUUCAAUAACAUUUGGGUCCACAGCAAAGGAAACUUUAUAUUUAACGGCUUAAACGAUUCAUUUCCUGUAUACAUUCAAAUGAAUGAUGUACACAUAAAAGAAGGUUCACGUUGGUCAGUGAAUCAUGCUAAAAUUACAGGAUCCUGGAAAAAUGAUGUUAGUAUUAAGAAUUGUGGAUAUUAUGGCAAUAAUUAUUAGAUUAAUUUGCUUCAGUCUUUUUAACUGCCACUUUUAGAGUGAAUUAAAAGUUUAUUUAAAAC